AGUUCAUUCAGCCGGAGUGGACGUUUUCCAGGAAUCGUCUUUUAAUCAGCGAAAGUGGGACUAGGCCAUGAUCACACAAGCAGAGUAUGGCAGCACAUCAUGGGAGCUGUCUGUGCACGUGGAUCAGCGACAUGGUGAUGAGUCCAUGAAAUUCAAGCUGAGGGUGCAGGGGGACUUGCACAUCGGAGGCCUCAUGUUAAAGCUGGUGGAGAAGAUCAAGGCUCCUCAGGACUGGUCCGACCAUGCCCUGUGGUGGGAGAGCAGGAACUGUUGGCUGCUGAAGACACACUGGACCCUUGACAAGUACGGGAUUCAGGCUGAUGCUGACCUCCACUACACACCCCAGCACAAACCCCUUUUGAUACAGCUGCCCAACAUGAAGACCAUCAAAAUGACUGUCGGCUUCUCCAGCGUGGUCUUCAAGACAGUGGCGGAGAUCUGUCGAGUGCUUAACAUCAGAAGAUCAGAGGAGCUGUCCCUGCUGAAGCCUGAAGAUGACUUGUCCAAAAGGAAGAAGAAGAAAGAAAAGGACCCACUUCUGGAUGACGUCUUGGACAUGGAUGUCCUCAGUGGAGGACCAGGAGGAAAAGGAGGCCCCAUGUACAGUAAGACAAUGAUGGCAACCUAUGACCCAGAGAAUGGGAUGCCAGUAUCUGCCACAAGUCUUUGGUUUGGAGACAACUCUCUGACCACCAGCCAGCCCAAUCUGCCCCCGGCAGAGCUGGCUAAGAUGUACCAGUCACUCUCACUAGUGGACAAAACUGUUAUCAAUUCAGGUUGGCUAGACUCAUCCCGUUCUUUGAUGGAGCAAGGUAUUCACCAUGAUGACAGGCUCUUGCUACGCUUCAAGUACCACCUCUUCUUCGACCUCAAUCCUAAGUAUGAUGCUGUCAGGAUAACCCAGCUGUAUGAGCAGGCUCGCUGGUCCAUCCUGCUGGAGGAGAUAGACUGUACUGAGGAGGAGAUGCUGAUGUUUGCGUCACUGCAGUAUCACAUCUGUAAACUGACCCUGUCGAGUGAACCGCUGGACUACUCCAACGAACCCGAGAUAGAUGAAGUUGAGGCUGCUCUAUCGAAUCUGGAGGUGACACUCGAAGGAGGAAAUUCAGACAGGAUUCUGGAAGACAUAACAGACAUUCCAGAGCUGGCGGAUUCUCUCCGGCUGUUUAGGCCCAAACGGUUGACACUGCGACCAUAUAAAGAGUACUGGUUCGUAUUCAAGGAUACCACCAUCUCUUACUACAAGAACAAGGAGGCCUCCAGUGGCGAACCAAUCGAGCAGCUUCAUCUCCGAGGCUGUGAAGUUGUCCCCGAUGUCAACGUGACUGACAAGAAGUUUGGUAUCAAGCUACUACUCCCAGUCGCUGAUGGGAUGAAUGAAGUCUAUAUCCGAUGUGACAACGAAACACAAUACGCCAAGUGGAAAGCUGCAUGUAUCUUGGCCUCGAAAGGGAAGACAAUGGCCUACAGCUCCUACAGGUCAGAGGUCAAGAACAUUCAGUCCUUCCUACAAAUGAAGAGCCUAGCGCCCCCUCCUGGCCAGACAUCCCCCAACCCUGAAGCCAUGGAGAUGAAUGCUGAGUGUUUUGUCUCCCCACGCUACAGCAAAAAGCAGAAGACCAAACAGCUGACGGCACGCAUCCUGGAGGCCCAUCAGAACAUAGCACGGUUGUCCUUGAUGGAUGCUAAGAUGCGCUUUAUCCAGGCCUGGCAGUCGCUGCCAGAGUUUGGUAUCAAGUAUUAUAUUGUCAGAUUUCGAGGCAGUAAGAAGGACGAGAUUCUUGGUAUCUCUUACAAUCGCCUGAUCCGUAUUGACAUGGCCUCUGGCCUGCCGGUCACCACGUGGAGGUUCGCCAACAUGAAGCAGUGGAACGUCAACUGGGAGAUCAGACAGGUGGCCAUAGAGUUUGACCAAAACGUGACAAUAGCCUUCUCCUGCGUGAGCUGUGACUGUAAGGUGGUGCAUGAGUUCAUUGGCGGUUACAUCUUCCUUUCCACACGCUCCAAAGACCAGAAUGAAACGCUAGAUGAAGAGCUGUUCCACAAACUCACUGGAGGCCAGGAAUGA